CGGAAGCAGCUGCCCGGCAGCCGAAAAGGAUGGCUAGGGCUCCACGGUGAGGCAGGGAGGGGUGGGCUGCGCCGAAGCCGGAGCCUGAGCCGGAGCCCGAGCCGGAGCUGGGGCCGAAGCCGGAUUCCAAGCGCUACCAUGUCCACCCAGAGACUUCGGAACGAAGAUUACCACGACUACAGCUCCACUGACGUGAGCCCCGAGGAGAGCCCGUCGGACGGCCUCAGCAACUUCUCCCCUGGCUCCUACCAGCGUUUUGGGGAAAGCGGCAGCACAACAUGGUUCCAGACCUUGAUCCACCUGUUAAAAGGCAACAUUGGCACAGGACUCCUGGGGCUGCCUUUGGCGGUGAAAAAUGCAGGCAUCUUGAUGGGUCCCCUCAGUCUGCUGGUGAUAGGCAUUGUGGCCGUGCACUGCAUGGGUAUCCUGGUGAAGUGUGCUCAUCACUUCUGCCGCAGACUGAACAAACCCUUUGUGGACUAUGGGGACACUGUGAUGUACGGACUAGAAUCCACCUCCAGCUCCUGGCUCCGGAACCACGCUCACUGGGGAAGGCACAUUGUGGACUUCUUCCUGAUUGUCACUCAGCUGGGAUUCUGCUGCGUCUAUUUUGUGUUUCUCGCUGACAACUUUAAACAGGUGAUAGAAGCUGCCAAUGGGACCACCAACAACUGCCAUGACAAUGAGACUGUGAUUCUGACGCCCACCAUGGACUCCAGACUCUACAUGCUCACCUUCCUGCCCUUCCUGGUGCUGCUGGUCUUCAUCAGGAACCUCCGCGUCCUAUCCAUCUUCUCUCUGUUGGCCAACCUCAGCAUGCUGGUCAGCCUGGUCAUGAUCUACCAGUUCAUUGUUCAGAGCAUCCCUGACCCUAGCAACCUCCCCUUAGUGGCAUCCUGGAAAACCUACCCUCUCUUCUUUGGCACGGCCAUCUUUGCAUUUGAAGGCAUUGGAAUGGUGCUGCCCCUUGAAAACAAAAUGAAGGAUCCUCAGAAAUUUCCACUCAUCCUAUACUUGGGGAUGGCCAUCGUCACCACCCUGUACAUCACACUGGGGAGCCUGGGCUACCUGCAAUUUGGAGCUGACAUCCAAGGCAGCAUCACCCUCAACCUACCCAACUGCUGGUUGUACCAGUCUGUCAAGCUGCUCUACUCCAUCGGCAUCUUCUUCACCUACGCACUCCAGUUCUACGUCCCGGCUGAGAUCAUCGUCCCCUUCUUUGUGUCCCGAGCGCCCGAGCACUGCGAGCUGGUGGUGGACCUGUUCGUGCGCACUGUGCUGGUCUGCCUGACCUGCAUCUUGGCCAUCCUCAUCCCCCGCCUGGACCUGGUCAUCUCCCUGGUGGGCUCCGUGAGCAGCAGCGCCCUGGCCCUCAUCAUCCCCCCAAUGCUGGAGAUCACCACCUACUACUCAGAGGGCAUGAGCCCCCUCACCAUCGCCAAGGACGCCCUCAUCAGCAUCCUGGGCUUCGUGGGCUUCCUGGUGGGGACUUACCAGGCCCUCAAUGAGCUGAUCCAGCCAAGCAGUGCUCCUAUCUCCAUCAACUCCACCAGUGCCUCUGUAUAGUGACCUGGGUGCAUUCUCUGAACCUGCCUACCCCACCCCUGCGUGUCCCCCAGCACCUGUCCCAGAGCUUUGGUGCGGUCCAGCCUCUGGGAAAUGCAGGCUCUGUCUGGGCCCCCUUCUACCUGGCACCUGGGUACCCUGGCCAGGGUAAGACUGGGUCAGGGCGGGGCAGGGAGACACCUGGGAGGUAUCACUAGUGACAGCUCUAUCACUGCUCAUUUGUACUUACUUUAACCCAGAACGUUCAGUUCUUCCCCUCCUCAUGUCCUCUCCCUUAGCACCUCACCCGGAUUCUUCCUAUUGCACAGCUCACUUUAAAAUUUUUGGUAUCCUGUACCGGUGUUUUCUCCUGUCCUAGGCCAGACUUAGAGUAAAUAAGUGGGAACUCCCCUCUUUAUAAAGCCAGGUCUCUUUCUUAUCUCUUUCCCAAAAUUGUACCUCAGUAUUCUACCUUUUCAAGCCUCCAGGGAGCAUCUGGAUCUACCUAGUACUUCAAAACCAGCCCCCCAAGCUGGAGAGUUUUUAAUCUUUUCUCUUUCUGGCUUGCUGGGACCUUUGGGCCACACCUUCUCUUGAGUUCUUCCACGCAGGUCACAACACUAUAUUCUUAAUUGCUUUUGCUCUUAAAAGAUACGCAGUGCUGUGGAAAUUGAAAGUAUUUAUAUUUUAUUUAAGAUUAGGGUUUUGGUUUUAGACUCUGACUCUGGAUCUGUGGUUAUUAUGAAUUGUUUCUUUUUCAGUAAACUUUUACUCAGCUCCUCUUGCUGAAAAGAAACUUGCUCUGGAAAAUGUCCGUUGAGGCGCUCAGCACCCUUGGCUGAGCACCCGAGGGGUUGAAGCGGGAUCACCUGCAUGCGGGCCUCCAUGAGGAGGCGCGCGUUUUCUCCCAUUGGUCAGCUUGGUCUCGUGCUGAACAUGAGAGUGUUAGGGAAACGCUUGUGUGUGCACUAGGCCCAAGGCACGCGUGGCCGCGUGGCAGAGGUGUUGGUCAAGGGAGGCUUAUCCUGUGGUUGCUUAGUACAUCUAGGCCCAUUUUUUUAUCUCAGCACCUGACAAGAGAAAGGGAUGGCAGGGUUCACCCAAUGGGAGGACACCCACUCUGUUGCCAUGGGUGGGAAGUUGAGGUCAGCGUGCACAGAGUCUGGCAUUAAGUUCAUAGAAUUUGGCAAUGAUCUGACACUGUGCACGGGGCUUGCUUGGUUUUUUACAGUCAUGGGGGGAGGGCAGAAGCAAUGCCCCACCCCAGCUGCCUCUGUGCCCUGGACCUUAAAAGGAACCAGUGAACACUAAUUGUUUCCCCUGUCCUUUCCCAGGUGUCCUGAGCAGCCUAGUGCUGGCCACCUCAAGGUCAGCCUGCAGAUUAGGGAGCAACCUUCGGAGGGGGCGCAGAGAGAUGUGGUGCCUGGCUCUGGCUGCCACUUCCUUCCUCGUGGCGUGAGAAGUGUUUCAGAUGGGCAUUUGUUGACUACCUGGCUCUUGGACCAUGUGUGUGUGUGCGCGUGUACGUGUGUGUGCGCGUGUGUAACAGCGGCUUCCAUGUCUCCUGCAUUCCCGUCGCCAGCCCUCGCUUACCUGUAGGUAUGAUUUGUCUGGAGAGCUGUUCAAGGGAAAGCAGGAGAUUCAUCAGGGAUGUGUUUUUGUGUUUCACCGGAGCCCACAAGGGCUGCGACGCCCCCUCACAGCCAGCUUUUCCUUUCUCUGCUCUUCCAAGACCAACCGAGCUGAUAAGGCCUUACCUUCCUGGUAAGGGGAUGGGAAGAGUGGACCCUCUCCUGUCCCAGCCUGCCUCAUCACUUGAUGACUUUGGAAGAUGUCACCUUUGUUUACUUCUUCUCCCUUGGGAGAAUGACACUUUUCACCCACUCUUUUUACUCUUUGGUUGUCUCUAACAGGUGCUUAUGUGACCAAGGUCCCAGCCUGGAAUAGCAGAGGCCCUGCUCUCUGAAGUCUCAGGUCUCUAGAAGUUACCAAAGUGGGCUCAGAAAUUGUCACCUCCUGUUCCCAGACUUGGGCUCUGGCAGCCCAACUGUCAGCCCACCAUCUUCCUGUAGCCAUCCCGAGAGUUGCUUUCAGCAGGCAGGCACUUGCCAGUAGAAGGGGUCAGACUUGUGUCCUUCCCAUGGCUUCCUCCAUCAUUGGAGGCCUCUGUUUGCUCAGAGCUGCUAGAAGCAACUCUGUCCAGGCAAGUGUGAGGUUGGGGCUGUGAGGCUGGGACCUAGGAGCAGGACAGCAGGAUACUGAGGUCCUCCAGCUCCAGCCCUUAGCCACCUGUGGGCUGUUGCUUCCAGGCCCCUGGCCCAGAGAAGAUGUGUGGGAGAGCUGGCCCUAGCUUUCUGGUUUCCAGGAGCUCAUUUGGCAUGCCUGUGCCUGCUUGAGCUCUUUCUUGUGUUCCUGUUGCGUUGACAACCUGAAUGCAUGGCUAUUUCAGAAAACCCAGGUGAGUUGACUCAUUAGGGUCUUCCUGACUGUGUGGUCGCACAGCUUAUGGGCAAGGAGGGAAGCCAGAUGGUGGGCUGGGGAAGGCCCUUCCUCCGCCGCUGCAAGGAGCCCUGGGAAGCGCUUUUGCUGCCCCCAGUGCUCGGUGAGUCAGAGGGCUUUCCUGUGUCUUCCCUUUGCUGGCUGAGAGCUGGCGUCCCAGCCAUUCACUGUCUCUGACUCUGGCCCCUCGGGAGAGUGCACCUGGAUAAAUAAAAAGCUGAUCUCGGAGCCAUGGUUUUCCCGAGUACGAGGCUGCGAGACUGCAUGCAGGAUGCACCAAAGACAGACUGCAGGGUUCUGUUCCUGCUGCCGUCUCUGGUUCAGUCCCCGGUCCCCAAUGAGCCCACAGGCAGCUUUCUCAGAAUCCUCCAAAUGCUGCGGUUGGGCACAGGAUUACAGCUGGCAGUGCCCCUUCUCGUAAAUGCAGACACUUGGUGGAAACAGUGUGACCUGGCAUUGGCUGUUCACUCUUCCUGGAAGCUGUCACCAUUCACAAGUGGCAUUAUUUCUAUUGUGCUGCUGUCCAGCUGCUAAGAGCCCUUCCCCUACACAAGCCCUGGUCAGAUGUGAGACCUGACAGCACAGCUUAGCGCAGACCCCCGCUCUCGUGUCUCACGGCUCCAGCCAAACCCGCUGGCUGGUGCCUGCUGCUCACCCUCUACCCCUGUGAAAGGUAAUAGUGUCAGUGUGAUAGGUGGUAACAGUCAUUAGAAAAAUCACCCCCCUCCCUAUGGUCUCAUCUUAAUUUUUGCUUCUCAAAUUCGUCUUUCCUCCCGUGUCACUGGCGUCUGACACUACACAUCCCCUCAUCUUUCUCGGAAGUGAAGCUUCUCACUUCUCUCUGUUUCUAGGGCUCUCUAUUCCCUGUUCCUGGCAAGGGCUCUGUACCUGUGGUUUUCUUUGAUGGCAGAUCUCAGUGUGUCCCCAGAGGGACACAGUGCUGCUUCAUCCAACAGGAGACCGGCAGUACGGAAACAGCAGACUGUGGUAAUCAGGAGGGUGGCUUCAAGUCGCCUUAGAAUUUAAUUUUCCAAAGUACAUUACAAAUCUCUGAGACCAUUAGAGGAAAGUAAUGCAAUGUGGGUUGCCUUUGAAAUCAUGGUCAAUACUUUUUAAGACAAUUAGUCUUGCUGGUUGCAAGGUUGUUUGCUCUGGCAGCAUUAGCCUCUUGGGGGGUCCUUCCUUUGUACCCCUGAGUCAUUCCUGGCCAAAGGACAUAAAUGGUGCUGAUACGAAGUUAUCAGAUGAAGGGAGGUAUUGUUAUCUGUGUUCUUUGGUGUAAAUCAAGGUGAAGCAAUUUUCUUCUGAUAAACAAUGAAAUCAGGUGACUGUAAUAAACUGUGUUGAUGGACAUAUGAAUCCGAGGAAUCAGAGAACUACCGUAAACAAAAUCUGGACAGCAGACAGAACUGUGUAUGUGAUGUGCCCACAGAGAUGGAUUUCCAGCAUGGUAUGCGUAGAGAUGUGGAUUAUGCCAGAAUGUGUAGAAGAUUUUGUUUUGGGUUGCGCACAUGAAUUAUGUGUUAAACUUUUUCUUUUCAAUAAAUGAAUUGUAUUUUUUAUUUUUGAGA